CCUCCUUUCCUCGUUCACUCCGCUUAGAGAGAGAAACGGAGGAGUGAGAGAGAGAGAAAGAUGGGUAUAUGUGUAUCAGCCUCGAAACGAGUCAAGAACUCGCUCUCCAACUCGCCCGAUUUUGACUCAGCUUGCGACGCAACCUUCUCCCACUGCCUCUCCCUUACUCAGCACGCUUUCCCAGGCGUCUUCCCUUACCAACUCACCGACGCCGCUGACAACCUCUUCCGCGCCCUCGCCGUCUCCGCCGCCCGCCCGCGUGCGCUCGGCUGGGUUUCGUCUCCCCCGACUCGCUCUCAGGUCGACUCUGCCUUCCGAGUCGUGACUCGCGGGCCCAACGACAACAACGACGACGGAGCCCAAACUCUGAGCUCGGCCCAGUUCAAGGAGUGGGCCGUGGAGCUGUUCGGGGACGCGGCCCUGUCCAGCGCCCGGGGCUCCCUGCUCCGCCGUGUCCCGAUCGGAGCGGCGGGAAUCGCCUGCGUCGGAGCUCUGACUCGGCUGGGAAAUGGCCUCGUAGGGGCAGCGAUUGGGGUCUACGCGCUCGGCGUAUACGCUGCUGUGUAUUCGAGUUUAUGUGGGAAGUGACCGGUUUGUUAUUAAAUAAUAAUAAUAAUAAUCUUAGCAAAAUGUAAUACUCUACUCUGGUUUGUGUCAAUAGAAGUACAUUAUAUAUUUAUUUAUAUACAAUAAAUAUGAUAUGAUAAUUCUUUUGUCC